CGGUGGGGGGCCGCAGUACAGUCAUGGCGACACUUGUGCUGCUCUUCUUUGCUCAGUCCCCGGCUGUCUACGCAUCGCCGCUACUUUAAUGCUCUCUUUGCUUUUUGCUGCCGCUGUUUAGCUGCUGUGCAUGCGCUGCUGCAGCAGCUGCGAGUCUACUUGGGGCCCUCUGCUGCAACAGCAGCAGCAGCAGAAGCAGCUGCUGCUGCUGCAGCCGGGGAGGAAGGCAGGAUUAACAUUCUGCAGCCGAGGGGCUUUGAGGGCCUCUUGCCUUAUGCGCUUGUGCUGCAGCAGCAGCAGCACGUGCUGCUGCAUGCAGCAACAAACGCAGACCCCACAGACAAACUCAGAUGCUGUCUUGCUGCUGAAGGAGGCCCUGCAGGAGUCAACAUCAUCGCAGCCUCUGGAAGCGAGGAGUUCUUGCAGCUGCUGGGGUGUACGUACACCCGAAUGAACGACACGUCUGCGCUGCUUGCUGCGCUGGAGGUCCACGUGGGAGCAGCAGCGGCAAACAGCAGCAGCAGCAGCAGCAGCAGCAGCAGCAGAAGUCUAACAGGGGGUAGCCAAGCGGUGCAGGACAUGCAACGGCGACUGGGGGCCCUCUCUGCUGUCUGCCGGCCUCCACGGGGGUGUUUGGCGUUCGCGCUGCGGUUUUCCUUUGAGGAGACUGUCUCCGCAGCAGCAAGAGCAGCGCUGGCUUCGCAGCUGCCGCUGCUGCUGCAGCGCAUGCAGCAGCUGCUGCUGCACUGCACGACUGCGCUCGUGCGGGGCUUCCAGCAGCAGCAGCAUCAGCAGCAGCAGCAGCAGCACGUUGACGGCGGCUUCGCUACGUUGGUGAUUAAUGCUGCUGCAGCGCAGCUUAUGAUGGGCUCCUUCCUGCGGGGGCUGCAGCAGCAGCCGCAGCAGCAGCAGGAGCUGCUGCUGCCUGCCUCUAUUGAAGCUGCAGCUGCCGCCACGGCCCCCAUCAUUGAGCUGAAGCCGCUGCUGCAGCAAUUCGCUGCAGCAAUCAAGCAGCAGCAGCAGCAGCAGCAGCAGCAGCAGCAGCAGCAGAUGGCUCUGCUGCUGCAGCUUCUAUUGAGAAGCUGCGAUAGACUUCGCCUUUCUGUUUGUUUGCUGCUGCGGCACGUGAGGUCCUUUGCUGCUCCUUUUCUUGCUGCAGAUACACCUCAGGCUGCUGACGACGAAGCUGCUGAUGCUGCUGCUGAUGCUGCUGCUGCUGCUGCAGCGCCGAGUGCAUCCGAUGCUGCAGCGUUGGCUGCGGCUGUUCUCAGUGUCACGCAGACGACGCGGGCUCUGCAGCAGCAGAAACAGCAACAGCAGCAGCAGCAGCAGCAGUUGCUGCUGCAACUCUCCCAGUCUGAAGCCGCCAAGGGGGCGGAAGCGCAGCAGCAGCAGCAAAGGCAGCAAAGGCAGCAGCAGCAGCAACAGCAGCAGCAGCAGGCUCUUUUUCAGCUUCACCAGCAGCAGCAGCUCCUGCAGCUGCAGCAGACGCGAGCGCUGCAGCGCCUGGAGCAGCUGCUGCUGCUUGACUUGCUGCAGGAAGCUGCUGCUGAAGACUCUGAGCAGCAGCAGCAGCAACAGCAGCAAUGCAAAAAGAGACAGCAGUCGCGUCAGCAGCUGCAACAAGAAGAGAGCUGUCAAGAUGCUGCAGCAUCUGCUGCUAGCAAAGCAGCAGUGCUGCUGCUGCUGCUGCAGCAGGAAGUCGGGCUGCAGCAUAUGAGGAAGCGCGUUGCGCGUCUGUUGCUGCAGCAACUCCACAGCUGCUGCUGCUGCAGCAAGGAGACACAUGAGCACCGCAUCACAGCAGCAUCGCCGCCUUCAACGGCACCAGCAGCAGCAGCAGCAGCAGCAGCAACAGCAACAGCAGAGACCCACUGGCUGCAGCCUCACCUGCCGCUGCUCUUUUCUCUUGUUCCUGCUGCUGCAGCAAAAGCUAGGGCUUCUACACAUUGCUGCGUCUCUCAGAGAAGUAUGAGUGCAUGCAUUCUCGCUGGGGCUGCUAAGCGCUGCAUGCAGGACCCUCUGCCAGCAGCAGCAGCUGCAGCAGCAGCAGCUGCUGCUGUCCCUCGGGCGGGUGGUUCUGCAGCAGCAGCAGCAGCUGCUGCUGCUGCUGCUGCGACAUCGGCUGCGCAGCGGGUUGUGCUGCAGUGGUCACUGCCGCCGGAGCUGCUGGAGGAGCGGAGUGCUGCUGCUUUGCUGCUGCUUCGUGCUGCUGUCUUAGUGGAGUCAGCAGCAGCAGCUGCUGCUGCUGCUGACGAUGAAGAUAAGGAUAAGAGUGCAGCAGCAGCAGCAGCAGCAGAAGCAGAUGCCUUUCCAGUCCAGCAGAAAAGGCAGCGAAUCUGCAAAGAGACGGUGACACCCACAGCAGCAGCUGCAGCAGCAGCAGCAGCAGCAGCAGGUGCAUGCAGCAGGCGAGUAGCAGCUGUUGCUGCUUUGCGAGAGAUAUGUUUGGGGAUAGCUGAUGCACUUCCUUCUGAAGUCUGUGCAUGCGCUGGAGAUGAGGCGCUGCAGCAGUUUGCUGCUGCACUGUGGGGGGCGCUGCAGGCUACAACGAGCUUGCUGCAGCAGCACCUGCAGCAACAGCAACAGCAGCAGCAGCAGCAACAGCAGCAUCUGCUGCUUCUGCACACAGAGCACCGAGACCUACUCAUCAGUGCAGCUGCUGCUGUCAGCAGCGCGCUGCGACAAGUUUGCUGCUGCGGAGCAGCAGCAGCAGCAGCAGCAGCAGCAAACCUCUGGGCGGAUGCAGCCCUGCUAAAUGGCUGCGGGCUGCAGCAGAUCUUGUCUUCCCUCGCGCAUGCUGCAGCAGCAGCAGCCAGCAGCAGCAGCAGCAACAACAGUAGCAGCAGCAGCCUUACGGCAGUGGUGGAAGCAGCAGAGGCAGCAGCAAAUGUCUUGUGGGCUGCUGCUGGUGCAGAUGCAGCAGCAGAGGGGAAGGGAGCGGUUGCUGCAGUUGCUGCUGCUGCUGCUUUGCUGCUGCCGCUGCCCGCUGCAGACGUUGACGAGCAGCAGCAGCAGCAGCAGCAGAAGCAGUUGAGAAGAGCCCUACGAAAGAACGACGCAGCAGCGUUGGUUUGUUGGUGCAGCAGCGCAGCAGCAGACUUUGCUGCGCGUAUUGUUGAUGCAAUUAGUAGUAAAGAAGGCAGCACCGAGCUGCAGCAGCAGCAGCAGCAGAUGCUGCUGCUUCUGCCCCUUACGGUGUAUGCGUCACUGCAUGCGCUUGCUGCAGCCUGGGCGCAGCCAUUUUUGCUGCGAGUAAAGGCCCCGAAGACAGAGGAGCAGCAGCAGCAACAGCAGCAGCAACAGCAGCAACAAGGAGUGCUGCAGGAGGUGUUGGCUGUGCUGCCGCCUGAUGCUGCUCGCUCGCAACUCGCAGUUGUUGUUGCUGCUGUUGCUACUGCUUUAGACGAACGCCUUGCUGCUGCCUCUGUCCUCAGCUUCGCAACCGCUGCUGCUGCACCAGCAGCAGCAGCACCAGCAGCAGCAACACCAGCAGCAGCAACACCAGCAGCAGCAGCAGCAACAGCAAGUAGGGCUGAGCCGGCUUUGAGCGGCCCUUGGAUGCACAUGGCAGCAGUUUUAUUAGAGUUGCUGCAGCAGCAGCAGCUGCUGGGGGUAUGGCUUCUGCAGCGCAGAGCUGCAGCAGCAGCAGCAGCACCUGCUGCUGCUGCAGCAGGGACAGACGAUCCUGACGAGGCUGAGCAUGGGGCAGAGCAGCCGAAGCAGCAGCUAAAGCAGCAGCAGCAGCAGCAGCAGCAGUUGCAGCUGCCGCAGCAGGAGCAGUCUAAGAUAUCUGCAUUGGUGGUGUGCCGCUGCAGUGUACGUACACAUCAAUCUCUGUUGCUGCUGCAGCAGCAGCCGUCUGUCUCUUCACCUCGACCUAAGAAGCUGCUGCAGCUUCUUGAUAGGCUGCAGCGGCUUCUGCUUAUAGACGGGCCUCUUGCAGAUUCUGCUGCUGCUAAUUCUGCUGCUGCUGCUGCUGCUGCUGAGGGCUGCCUCCGCCUUCAGCGUAGCUGCAUGCGGCUGUUGCUGCUGCUGUGCAUACACUGGAGUGGAGCCAUGAAGCACUUUGCUGCCUUGGAAAGGCAGCAGCAGCUGCAGCAGCAGCAAGAAGAACAAGGACAGCAGCAGCACGAGGAGCACGCAGAGGAGCAGCAGCAGCAGCAGCAGCAGCAGCAGCAGCGCAGUGACGGGGGGCAUUGCAGGGUUUUGAUGUCCAGGCUAACAGUUUUGCUGCUGCAUACAACUAAGUACGAUUUGAAGCAGCACGUUGCUGCUGCGGUUGCUUCUGCGUCUCCUGCUGCUGGAGCACCAACUGGUGCUGCUGUUGCUGCAGCACCUCGAGCAGAAGCGCAGCAGCAGCUGCACUCUCUUGCGUCUCCUAGCCCUUCCUUUGUGGCGCUGCAGCAGCUGCUGGCUGCGCUGCUGCAGCAGGAGCAGCAGACAAGCCUAGAAGACUUCUGCUGCUUCUACUUGCCCAGCGACAACUGCUGGGCCUCCCUGGUCGUGGGCUUGCCCCGUCAUUUGUUCACCCAAGUCGCUGCGCAGCUGACAGAGGCAAUGCAAGCUGCGCUAGAGACCCUGCAGCAGCAGCAGCAGCAGCAGCAGCAGCAGCUAGAGGAGGCGGCGCUGGAAGCUGCUGCUUGCGCUCAGGCACUGUGGGCCCUCGUGCUGCAGCGAACCGAAUUAGCGAGAUGCCUUCGACAGCAAAACAAAAGCAGCAACCAGCUGCAGCAGACGCUGCUUGCUGCUGCACAUCUGGUGCUGCAGCUGCUACAGCUGCUCCAAGCAGCCAACACAGCAGCGACAAGCACCGGCUUAUACGCCUCACUACCCUUGCUACAGCAGCAGCAGCAGCAGCAACAGCAGCAGCGGGUGUCUUGUUUGUUGGGUUGGUGCUGCUCCCGCAGCGCUCAAUUUUUAGCAGAGACAUUUCGCUGCUGCUGCCUUUUAGCUGCUGGCAGACGGCCUGCAGCAAAACAACUUAGGGCGAGUCAGGACCCCGCAGGGCAGCAGCAGCAGCAGCAGCAGCAGCAGCAACUGGAAGGAGUGGCAGACGCCAUGAUGGACUUCGCCAGAGGGGCCCUCGAAUUCGCCGAAGCUGACGAUGCUGCAGAGACACUGCGAUGCAUGCAGCAGCAGCAGCCGCAGCAGCAACAGCAGCAGCAGCAGCAGCAACAGGAGCAGCAGGAGCAGCAGCAACUCGCGAAUAUAGCUGGCCGAGCAGCCUUAAGAAGCUGCAGCAUCAUGUUGGUGUCUCUGUGGCGGUCGCAUGAAUUCACCCCUCUGCAGCGGCAGCAGCAGACGGUUUUGCUGCUGCUGCUGCGUUUGCUGCAGUUGCUGCCGCGUCUCCAUGACCGAAGGGUCUUUGAUGAUGCACUGGAGACCUGGGGGCGCGUUACUGCUUCUCUCGCUAACCGCAGCAGCAGCAGCAAACGCAUGCUGCUGUUCUUAGCUGCUGAAGCACUUGACUUGCGGCAGCGGCUGCUGCAGGGAUCAGCCACCACAGCAGCAGCAGCAGCAGCAGCAAAAGCAGCAGGCAACGUCCGCAUGGUGCCGGCGGAGAGGGAACGUCAGCAGGUGCUUAGCUCGCGUUUGCUGUCUCUUGGUUUUGAAUUAAUGAUGGGCGCAGCAGCAGCAGAAGAAGGCGGGCGAAUAAUUGCUGAGGUGUCUUCGCAGCUUAGAGAGGGAUCGCGGACAGCGCUGCUUGAAGUCUUUGAUGAGUUCUGUGCAAACCAUCUCUACAGAGGACGCGCAUAA